AAUGAAUUCUCACGGGAUGGAAUCAAAUCUAAUGCGACGUUCUCGAUUCACGCAUUACUUUCGUUUCAGCGCACGAAAAAGUAGAACUUAAUAAAACUCCAUAUGUGAUUUCUAUAAUGUAAUGUGUAUAUAAUUCCUUUUUUUUUUUUUAAUACAACAUGAAAAACGUGAAAUGGACGAGUAUGUAAGUAAAAGGUACUUAUUAUUUAAUAUUAUUUAAUAUGUCUUCGAGCAUUGUAGACGUUUUGAUGAUUUUUUCAAUUAGUUAAUACCUGAUCUCAAGCCAAUGCGCUAACGUAACGAUAAUGGUAAUUAUGUUUUGAGCGUAACAACCCAUUGUUAGAAUCUUUUUUCAAUGAUGAUUUUAUGGUAUUCUAUUUAUUGGCAUUAAUAUUAAUAAAUUAUAUUUAUUUAUUAAAAUUAAUACAUUUAUUUUAAUUGUAAAUUGAUUGUUAUAAUUUUAUCUGUUAUUGAUUGAUAAUUUAUGUAUUAUUUUAUGUACAUCAAGGUGUACACACACAAACACACACACACACACACCUGUAACUUUCUUCGAGGUAUCGAAAUUAUAACUAAUUGAAACUUCGGUAAUAAAUAAGAUCAUUUAAUACCGAUGAAUAUUGUAUAUAGUUUUAAAUUAUGCAUUGUUUAUAAAUUUUGCACAAUAUUGUCUUAAAAAAAAAAAAAAAUUACAGAAAUAUCUUUACCCUCAGAAACGCAACUGUCCUAUCAAAUGUGUUUCCUCUAUCUGCUGACUUGUGACUCCUCCAUCUUCUCUUUACGUUCUUAUCUUGUGUCUUUUUACUGUCGUGCUGUUUACUUGAUGGUGUUCACCAACAUUGAUGUGACGAUCCUAUAAACGUUACUUUCUCGACGAUACAAAUCCCUUCUUCGACACGUUUAUCCGAUAGCAUAGCGAGAGAUUUGCAGGGGGAGAGUUCUUUACAGAUGCUGCGAGGUGUAAUGCAUUAACGAGAAGUGUCGCGAACGAGAGCCUCACUUCUGCCGACCGGCGAGUUAUCCUCGAGGGUCAAGACGUGAAGAAGUUCGCGCGCGGUUACUCGCCGUGUGUGUUGACGCAUUUCUACCUCGCUAACCGGUUGCGAACUCUCUUUUUUCAGAUCCGUUCCUGAAGUGGUCCAUGCAGGGUCCUCGUAACAUCGACUACAUCGAGAAUCUCUUGCCGCGCCAUCAAUGCCCGAAUUGCAAUCGCAGCUACAAACACCGCAGCCACAUGAUGCGGCAUUACAAAUACGAGUGCGGUGGUACGCAGCGAUUUGAAUGCCCGUAUUGCAAGCAUCACUUGCGGCAGCGUACGCACGUGUGGACGCACAUACGCACGUUUCAUCCGGAUUGUGAACUCUAUUGCAUCGAUAUCGUCACCAAUACGAGGCUCUCUUGGCAGGAAAUCCGUAGUGACUAAUACAAAUCGUCACAGAUCGCCUUCAGUCAUUUAGAACGUCAAAUGUAUUUAAUUGUAUCUAAAAUGAAAUACCCAGGGUUGAGUAAGUAAGAAUACGCAGUCAUGUACUGUGUAACUUGUAACUGAAACUGUUGCUUAGGUUUUUUAUUUUACUUUUUUAUUUAGCAAUCCAAUUGCACUGGAGCGUACUAUGUACGUUGCUAAAAAUUAACUGAAGUUAAAUUAAAAGUUAAUUAUUUAAUUAAGUUAAAUAUAUAAGUUUCUCUUAUUCUUAUUCUUACUCAACUCUGGAUAAAUUUUGGAGAAAUCGUUAUUCAGGUUACCAGCGUUUUGUUGUUAUUCUAAUGUCAAAAUAUAGAGGCAUCACUUUGAUGUGCAAAUGAGGAUAAAUAAUAUCAACUUAUCAUGAAUAUUGGUUGACAUAUUUCAAAAAGAGAAUUUAUACUUGUUUGAAUUAGUUUUUAUUUUUUUAAAAUAUAUUUUUAAAAUUUACGCUCUAUAUAGGAUGCGAGUAAAAUCUCCGUAUCCUGUACGUCAUAACGUAACUUUCGUAAUGCAUAUUGCACAUAUUAAUUAAAAAAUGUUUAAGUAGGUAUAUAAAAUUUUAAUUAAUAUGUGUUACGGAAAUUGCAUUAUAGAAUGUAAUGUGAUAUGAGAACCAUGACUGUCAACAUCUUAGAUAUAUUAGCAAUUAUUUAUAAUAAUUAGUGCUUAGAAUAUUUUAUAAACUAUACUAGUUAUUUGAAAAAAAUUGAACAAUAAAAAUUAAAAAAAAAAUAGUCUCUUGAAAAACGUUUGAAUUAUAAAUGGACAACAUUAUAGUCUUAUUAAAUUAUUUAUAUGUAUAAAAUAUUAAAUUUUCAGUAUCUAUGUUAAUGUGAGCUCAAACUGCUGCUCUAGAAUUUACAGGAACGAUCGUAUAGCCAAAAAGAUUGAAUUAUCUUUUUUUCAGUGAUUUUCGAAACAUAUCCAAUAUCACAAGAAUGUUUAUUUUCUACUUUCUUCAGAAAAAUAAAUUUUCUUGUUGGAUAUUGUGUUUCGAGGAUUUCUGAGAAGUAUCUCCAAGAGAAUUGUUUCAACAAUUUUUAUAUUUCAACUUUAAUAAAUAUUAUUUUUCACCACGAAUAUCUUCUACCAUGAAAGUUUUCGCUGUUUAAGCAUUAUAAUCGUGGUAGAUUUAUUUUUAUGACAAUCCUUUAAUCGUGUGUUUUCUCACAUUUAGGUCGUAGAUCAAUACGAAAUAUGCAUUACAUUUCACAACAAGUCACGUUCUAUUUGUCGAACAAAACAAAUCUAUGUUGCGCUGUCAAGAAAUGUAUCCAUGGCUACUACCCACUUUGAACAAUGAAUUUGAGUAUCUUUGAAUUGAAGAUUAUCGUAAUACAAGCCCACAAAUUACGCACUAAAUAUUUUAUAUAACAAUUCUUUUUUAUUAGAGAUGUAAUAAAAAAGUUUGUUGCUCUUGCGACCUUGCAAUUUUGCGUGCACCAAUAAAGAUUAUUAUUAUUCGAGUGAUAUCUUUCUCUUUCCUUAUUUUUUUUUAAUUCUGUGAAUUGUGAAAUUGACUUUUUUAACUUUGUAAUGAUAAUACUUAACGUGUAAUCUCGUGAUUUUUAUGAUGUAUCGACGGAGGAGUGCUUUAACACCAUUUUGCAGGACGCGUCCAUUACCGAGGAAAGCCGAAGAUCGGACUCAUUACUAAAACGCUCUCGCUUUUUCAUGGGUUUCAGAUGAUUCCUCCAAGUGGAGGAGAAAAGAAGUUUAUUCGGAACCGGACGAUAUCAAUAAACGAAACGACCUGUACGAAUGUCCGCGUUGCGGCAAUCGGUACAAGUGGAAGAAAUCGAUGCUCGCGCAUCUACGUCAUCAGUGCAAACAGCCGCCGAGAUUCGAGUGCACGUAUUGCCCGAUAAGAAAUUAUCAGAAGGGCCAUAUUAUACGUCACCUGCGCGUGCAUCAUCCGCAUCUGUCGCAGCUGUACUUGGACCGGAAGUACAACACCAUGUUCCAGCUCUGAUUAAGGCUCCACGUGGUGUCGCCGUUCGGGCCGAACAUGAUCUGCAAGUAUCAACCGGGAGCGGACGGCAAGCUCAAUUCCGAGGCGUGCAGGAAAUCGAGGAUACGUACGCGCAAGGUCAGCGCCGACAACAUGAAGCCGUUCCAGUGCCAAAAAUGCGGUCGUGGCUUCACCCUGAAGAGGAACAAGGACCGCCAUGUAAACUAUGAAUGUGGACACGAGCCGAGGUUUCAGUGCCCGUACUGCGGACUUCGCAGCAAGCAAACGUCACCGGUUUACGCCCAUAUCAGAAAGAAACAUCCGGAAGAGGAGGUCUUUAUCUUCGAUAUGAAGCUCUGAGCACGACAAGAAGAUCGCGAUGUCUCUAACCACACCUGAUCUCGAGCAACUCAAGUGAAUUUUAUCUUUCCACUGGGCUCGCUUUCUACCGCGAUCUUCGCACACCACUGAAGAAAAAAAUGUUUCUCAAUUUCGCUUGUUACUGCCAUUUCCUUUUUCGCAACAGAAGCGUGUUGUGAUCUUAUAUAAAUGUUUUAUUUGAAUUAUGAUAAAUAUGAAUCGUAAUUAAAUCGUGAAUAAUUAAUUUUUAUUUAUUUUUCUUUAAAGUUUACUGAAAUUAAUUUAUUUAAUGUAAUAUGAAGUUAAAUAAAUUAAUUUAUUUCAAUAUUUAAUUUAAUUUAUUACGUUAAUAUUAUACUAUUUAACUCAGUAACAUUACAUUUAAAUUAAAUGAAACGUUAAUGCGAAGAGGCUGUGAUCUGAGAAAAUAAAUCUGAGGAUGAUUUUUUCUCUUCUAUAUGAACACUUUUCUGUACAUAGAAUUCUAUAUUGUCAAAUAUUAGAUAUUGUUAACAUUUUUGAACACAAAAUUUUCCAAAUUUUCGUAUUUUAAAUUAAUUAGAGCUCUGAAUCUUUUUCAAUUAGGAGAAGUUUUGAAUUUGACCGAGAAAGGUAUUUGCGAAUGGCUGGUAUCACGCGUAUUGAGAAACUAUCUUACGCCACUCAGACUUUGCCAAGUGACGACGACCGAAGCCAUUCAUCGGAAGAUCAUCAAGAGAUUCUAACUUUGGGAUAGUCGACGCCGUACUUUAAGAUUUCGAAGAGAAAGAGAGUUGCUUCUACUUUAUAAAAGAAUCGUAAUUCGCUUGUACGUUGUUUUGUAAAAUAAAGAUUUAUCGCAAUU